UAAAAACAGUAUUCCUGAACAGUGAUAAUGAAUGGACAAAACAACUGUAGGCCUACUAUAUUGUGCAUAUUUUUGUGUUGGUUCAUACGAAAUAGGCCUAUACGAAGUACUUUCAUUGAUGUCUUCGAUAUUCCCACCCGUAUUCCAAAUAAGCAUGUGUCUUACUCUGAUCUAGUAAGGCUACUGUUUGUUUAGAUGAACAUUACUGUUUAACCUGAUCUGUAUCCAAAAUGGAUGCUCAACCAGGCGAUCAAACGCCCCAGCAACCCCAAGCAGAGGGACAACUUUCCGAGGAAUCUAAGCAGACAACCCAGGCCGAAGGUCCACGGACUGACGCUGGCUGGGCUUGGGUGGUUCUAUGCGGCGCCUUCGUGGUGUAUUUCACCUCCAUUGGUUUCGUGAUGUCUCUUAGUGUGUAUCUGCCGGUUUGGAUGGAUUAUUGGGAGGCUGACGCGGCGACCACAAGCUUGGUUAUAUCCAUCACUACACUAUCGAGGGGAAUUCUGAGUCCCUUGUCAAGUGCACUUUGCACCAAGUUUGGACCCCGUGCAAUGACACUAGUGGGCGGAGUUAUCACAGCAGGAGGGAUUGCCUUGAUGUCAAUGUCCCCAUCCAUCACUGUCCUGAUUCUUUUCAGUUCAAUACCUGGCUUGGGAGUCAGCUUGGUGUAUGUCUCCACAAUGCAAGUGUUGGGUUUGUACUUCCACAAAAGGUACACUCUUGCUGUUGGAAUAGCUAUGGCGGGAAUCAGCAUAGGCCAACUGGCUUUUCCUCCAUUGGUAACACUCUUUAUUGAUACGUAUGGCUGGAAGGGAUCCAUCCUUAUAACAUCAGCAAUCACUUUACACCUAGCCGCCGCGGGGGCACUCAUGAGGCCAGUUACUCGCAAGAAGAGGCACAAGACAGGGACAGAGGAAGAGGCAGAAAAACCAAAUGAGUCAGUCAGCAAUGGUAACUCCUCAGGUGGAAUCGAUGAGGAGCAAAGUGAUGACAAAGACGUUGCCGUCAUUAUAGCCGACACGGAUGAACUCAUCAACGACGACAAUGCUUCCCCGACUGAAGACUUCACAGGGACUCUUGUAGCAGCGAUUGAAGAGGAUGGACUUGCUCAAGUAAUGGAUCCCGAUUCAGUUAUCUCUGAGAGUAAACCAACCACGUUCAUUGGAUAUAAAAAUGUGCGUUGGUCUCAGGUGAAGAACUACUUGCUUGAAGAAUAUGGUCUCAGACGUCUGAUACACAACCGAAGGUUUAUGCUGAUGUUGGUUGCCUAUUUCUUUCACGGUUUUGGAAAUCUGAGUAUCACUUAUAUCGUAGCUCGGGCGACCUCUGUAGGCAUUGAUCUUCAAAGAUCAGCUCUUCUGCUGUCUCUGUUUGGUGUUGGAGGCUUGAUAGGCCGCAUCGGUCCCGGUUGGUUCAUUGAUAAGAAAUACAUCAGUGCCAAUAUGACCUACGUGUUGAGCUUAGCUGUGUACGGUGUUUCGACUGCUCUCAUGCCAGCGUUUGUUGUCUUCGGGCCUCUGGCGGUCUUAGCCGUUGUGACGGGAGUAGCAGCGGGGUCAUCAGGUUCUCUGUCAAUGGUCGUCAUUCGUUCCCUCGUAAAGCUUGGUGAUGCUUCUGCAGCCCUAGGAAUCAUGCUGGUUUUCACUUCAUGCGGGAAACUCACUGGAACCCUAGUUGGAGGUUUGAUCUACGACAACACGAAAAGCUACAACGUUGCAUUCUUCACAGGCGCGGCCAUUUUACUGAUGGCUUCCCUACUGGCAACCGUCGUGUACUUUCUCCAGAGGGUCCACACAAAACGACAUCUACCUGUGGCCAGGUUUUGGGCGAAGCUACCGAGAAAAAUGAAACUCAAGAAUCUGUCUAAUAAGUCGGCAUCCUACGAUGUCAGUUCGAAACAGGGCGGUUCACAAAAUGGCGAAUUAGGGGUGGUCAAUCCUUUAUACACUCUCACUGCGUCCGGGGUCCUGGAAAACAACGCUAUUACAACAGACAGUGAAGGUGCGAAGGUACAAGCUGUGAACCCUUUAUUUGAGUCUGUGGAAACUCCAAGUUCAGAGGAAACUACGACUGGGGUGUCGGCAACGGAGUGUGAACCAUCUCCCGAGUCGUUACCGAUGGGAGAAUCAUGCCCGGAGAGCCAGCCAAAUGGGAUGGAUUGCCUCGCUGUCAACUCGGUAGCCAUCUUCCCCAGCUCGACAACACCGAUAGAUGCCUCUGACUGUAUCAAUCAAGACAUCAGGGACUCGGACACGUCGCCUGAUGAUUCCGAAUCCGAACUGACUUGUUGCAGUGGGAGUAAGGACCCUGAAAGAGGAUUCGAAAAUCCCGCCUUUGGCGUCGAAACUACCGAUGCGGUGUCACGUGACGACGACGAACUGACGACGGACACCAGUAAAUAUUGCAGACUUUGACACCGACCGCUAAAUCGAAAAUGCAGGUCCAGAAGGAGCCAUAUAAGAAUCGUAUUGUUCAUGUGUAAGUGUUUUUUCCCAUUAGCCGGGGCGUCACGACUAUAACCAUAGCUGAUGACCCAAUUGCACAGUAUUACCAUGCACAGUAUUGUUUUAAACAGUUUAUAGAAAUCAAGUCGGGUUUGGAAUAUCCCACUGUGGUUCAGUUUCCUGCCUUUCUAUGCAUUAUACCCUAAUGCCCGUCGCACACGAGAGCUACAUGCUGAGCAAAAAAGUCUUUGGAGGCCGUUUGCUCAUCACGUAGCUCACAAAAUAUCACCGUACGUUGCGGUAUUUUUUUGCCGAGUCUUCUGCCUCGCAAGGCCGUGAGGCAAGUAUCUCCCCUGUUUGAUUUUGUUCCCUUCUCGAGGCGAAAAACUCGCCGUGUGCGGUCAACCUGAGCUACGUGCUGAGCUAAACAAACAACUAGCCAAUGAAAGCAAAUAAUCUGUUCACGUGAUCUCAAGAUGGGGACAAACGCCAGCAGGCUUUUAGAAGAAAUUGCAAAACAAUAUCAUGACAUCACAUGACUAGAGUAUGUGCUUUCAUUGGCUAAUUAAUCUUUUUAGCCCAGCACGUAGCUCAGGUUAAAAAAUCAAACAGGAUAGAUAUUUGCCUCACGGAAAACGCAGCAAAAAUUGACCACACACGGUAAUAUUUUGUGAGCUACGUGCAGAGCAAACGGCUUCGAAUGACUUUUUGCUCAGCACGUGGCUCUCAAGUGUAGCGGGCUCAAUGGUACACAUUUUUGCAGAGAUACAGUAAAGUUUAACUAAAGCAUUCUUAGCUGUUGAAAACAAUGGUGCUUAGAGUCCGUGACGACAGGGAUACGACUAAGGUAUUCAUGGCAAGCUGAUGACCCAUUUUUCAUGAUGCAACCGCAGUGAGAAUGGUGAGUGCAUAUUAUUUUAAACAUACACGUACUACCUCACUACUUUCGGAUUCCCUUUUUUCAUACCCCCUGAACUUCGUAGUUCUCCCUUAAGGAUUUCCAUAUCAUCCCUUUAGCUUCAGCGUUAUGUAUUUUUAUAUGAUUGAAAGCUCGAAAGGAUGUAUAUAUCAAAACGGAACUUAAGAAUGAACAUUUGAGACGCUAUGGCUUCUAAAUCCGUUAACAGUGACAUGUCACCACAGUUUUGCCACAGUUUUAAUUAGCACAUAGGGCCUACAGCUAAAAACACAAACCGAGGUAAAAUUCAUAAUUCAAUUUAUACCACAUUCGUGCACAAUUUUAAUUCGAAACAAAUAAAUGAAAUUGCUGAUGUGUCAUCUCGACUUUCUGUAGACCCCUUGUACAGUGCGCCCUCCCCGAGUGCAUUUUUUGUUUUGUUAUUUAAAUUAAGUGACAAAGAUAGUAAACAAAAGGCCUGCCCUCAGAUGUGACGUCAGAUGGAAGGGGUCUUUUCCUUUAAAUGAAGGGUAGUCCGCUGCUGUUUUGACUAGCAUUUGGCUAGAGGGCUCCCGCUAAUUUCGAACCCUGAUGGAAAUAUAUUCCGGUGGAUUGUUAAUCUCAUUUUGAAGGGUCAAAUUUUUUUUAAUCGCAUGAUUCGGCUGUACUGUUUGUGAUGUUGAAUAUGAUAUCUGUUCACAAAGAACACAUUUGAACAUCGUCGGUAAUGACCCGCAAAUAGUAAAAAGAAAAAAAAACACAUUGCACUAUGAAGGGUGUCGUCCCGUAUCGAGAUCUUGGAUGUACCAGAUUCCUGGUGCAAUCACACACACAAAACACCAUACCUUCAUUAGCAUGGUUUGAAAAUUGUCGAAUAAUUUUUUUCUAAUCAGACAUCAUAUUAUAAUUGUCGGUUUAACUUUAACAUGUGUUAAGUGAAGGGCACAAUUCCACUACUAAAUUUAAAUUUACUUUAAGCUUAAGCUACAGCCUUGUCUUUCUCACAUGAAAUAAGCACCACACAUUAUUAUUAUUAUUACGGUGGAUUGUUAAUCUCACUUUGAAGGGUACCAAAUGUCAGGGUUUUUUUAAUCGCUCUAUUCGGCUGUACUUUUUGUGAUGUUGAUGAAGAUAGUUUUUUAUAAAGACCAUCAAAAAUAA